ACCACUAACACUUUGCCUUGCUUGUCCUCUGAAACACUUUUGGCGUUGGGAAACAGUGCACGCUGCUGGUCAGCCGCUGUAACUGCCUACAUGACAUGGGGCUGGCACUGACUCGCUCUUUCAGCGCGAGCUGCCGAGUGCGGUGCCCGGAGCGCAUCUGUUCAAAAGACGAGCAAGCGCCAUCUUGAAAGCUCAUCGUCUCUCCAUCGCUCUUUCCCUGUUACCUCUGUCGUUACAUAACCCUCUCUGCUUGUCGUUUGUUUGGAAACGGUGCGAGUAUGAGCUUCUCGUUUGGCUAUGAAGAAGAAGGCGACAUCACUACCACGGCAGAUGUCGCUGCUAUUCCGCGUAUGGCGAUGCAAGCAAGCGGAAGCACAUCUGGCCGCCCUUCAAAUAGCUCCAGUGACAAGAUGCCUGCACCCCGGAAGCAAAAGAUGGGCCAGCAUGACGCUCAGCGCAAGCCCAAGGAGGCGCCAAAUGCGCUUGAGAUCGAAGUCAAGGAGUGUACAGAACACAAAUUUGCAGAAACGGGCUUGCAAGCACCGCCUACACCUACCUAUGCGCUGCGCGUUAGACCGACACCCAAGGAGGCGCUCGCGACUGGGCCUUCACCCGUCAUUGCUUCGUCGUCUUUUUUUGACCGAUGCAGGGGAAGUGAACUCGAUUCACUUAUUCUAUCCACCGCUGGUAUUCAUGUCCAGCCAACGCCUGCUGUACAACUUGCUCUGAACCUGCCAGAGAUAGUCGAACAGAUCAUGCAGCGUCUUGACGAUCAGUGCUGUGUGGCUACAUCCAGCAUCAACACACGCGCUGGUGCAACACGAGACAAGACGCGCAGCAUCACACUCAACGCCAAGGGACAGGCUGUGCCUGUGGACUGGAAUACUGAAGCAAAACGCUGCCGAGGCGCCAUGUUUGCGUGCUUGACUGUGAACAGCCUCUUUCACGACGCUGCACGGCGCGCUCUGUCUCGUCGAGUAGAACUCAACUCACCCGAUAGUCUCGAUCGUUAUCUUGCAUCCGACAUGGCACACCAGGAUGGCUGCCGAGACUUGCUCAUCCACAAGACAUCUGUGGAGCAAGAGCAGCUCAACAAGCUCAAACACACGCGCCUCACGGCACUCGAAUUCUACGUUUGCCCGCAGCUCCUUCCUCCGGCAAGUCUGCUUGGCUCUCAUGGACAACUCACCAAGCUGGCCUUGCCUGGUUGCGCCAUUGCAGAUGAUCAAUUUCUUGCUCAGGUAGCACGACGUUGCCCACGCCUCAAGAUCCUUGAUCUGCGCGCAUGCGAAUUGGUGGGAGAUGCUGGCAUUCUCACCAUUGCUCGUGCCUGUCGCGGUCUACAAUACCUCAACGUCGGUCGUGUUGCACGUUCUCACCGUGUCACCGACCGAAGUAUCUUUGAGAUUGCUCGUCUCACACAAAUUGAAACGCUCGGCGUUGCUGGUUGCAAUGUUGGUGAUGAAGCUGUUUGCGCCAUCAGCGAGUACCGCGGUGAGGCUAUUGAGCGUCUUUCCCUCAACGCUUGCGAGGGCAUCACCGACUGGUCGGUGGGCAGGCUCUUGAAGAAUGCACCCAAGCUCCAAGUCUUGGAACUUAUCCGUUGCCCACGUGUGGCUGAUGCGGGAGCUAUUCUCAAGUUCAAACGAAAGAGUAAAGCUUUGGUUGAGGUGGACGACUUCCUGCAAGCGGAGAUGGAUGAGAUGGUGAGGAUUCGCUCUCUCCGACGACGGACGAUGCCUGAGCUUGGUACACAAGACGAGCGCAAGGGUCGUCGAAUUUCCACUUCAUAGGUACGACUGUGCAUAGCGUAGUCAUCUUGAUAGCAUUCUUUUGAUUCUUAUUUGUAU